AUGUCUAUGUUUAUUUGCGAUGAUUCAGAUAUAGACGUACUCUGUCAGUACGUUGUGGCUCUGCUCAAGAACGAUGCACCAUGGGCUGAUAUCGAGGAGGCAUGCAAAAGCCAGCUGCACGCGUUUCUAGAGGGACAAACGGACGCGUUCGUCGGUGAUAUGUUCCGCCACCUGAGGGAACUUGAGAAGUCUAUGCCCGCACAUACAGCUGCUCAGUCCAGCGAGCCAGUGGGUCGCUUAUCAACGGCAGGUCGUAAACGCAAACCGUCGGUGAUGGACACGUGCGAUGAGCGGCUGUACAAACCAAAUAGCAGAUCAGGCGAUGAGGAAAUUAAACGACGACGCUAUGACGACAGGCCGCGUAGGGGGAGUGAACCUGACGAUCGAUACGACACUCGCCACGGCUUCCCCCAUCACAACAACAAAGACAGCCAUAGCCACCCCUAUCCCAGCAGCAACAGCCUAGGCCACGGCCACAGCAACAACCCCAACAACGCCACCUCAAGCAACAACAGUAGGGAGCGUCGCGAUAGUAUACGACAGAACAACCGACCACCGCCGCCUAUGCAUGGCAUGCCGGGCAGAGGCCACUACGACCCGUAUGAUUACGGCAGAGGGGGUGACAUGGGUCCACCUGGAGUGGAUAUGCGUCCGCCUCAGAGGCGAAAGGAAAGGUGCAGAGACUUUGAAGAGAAGGGUGUGUGCAUGAGAGGCGACGACUGCAUAUACGAUCACGGAGCACACCCGGUUAUAGUGGAGCAAGUACAGGGAUAUAACCCAGCUCCAUUAGACCAAGACGAGUAUGAUCCUAGCAAUCCACGAAUAUUCGAGGGAUCCAGUAGUAGGGUGAGGACAUAUAGCAGCAUGAGCCGAGAGCGGAGUGCCAGCUCAUACGGUCCCGAUUUUAAAGCGGGAUACUCUCCAGAGCGGAAUAUGGGCCCACAUUAUGGGGGUAUGGAUGGGCCAAAUAGUACGGGGCAAGACUCUGGUCCCGGUCCUAGAUAUGAGGGCAGAGGUGCAGGGCCCAGGGGGGGGAGGGGCCGAGGCAGGGGACGUGGCCGGGGGGGUAGACCCGAUUGUCACAUCCCGAAUGCACCUGUGGUGUCUGAUAAGUCGCUGUUGGUAGUAAACCUGCGUGCGGAUCAGAACAAUGUGGCUGCACUGACUGAGUACUUCAAACAAUUUGGUACGGUGCAGAGUAUCAACGCACUCCACAACAAUGAGAAGAGUAGUGCACACGUGACAUUUGCGGAUGCCGAGAUGGCGAAGAAGGCCUAUGGACAACAGUCGAAUGUCAUGGGUGGAGAUGUGGUCAAGCUGUUCUAUGCGCCCAUAGAGAGUCACCAUGGCCGAAGGGAUGGUUACCAUGGCAACGGUGGAUCUAAACCCACCGACUGCCCAAAUAAAAAAGAUUCGGAGGGCGGUGAACCGAAGAUACCGGUGAAAGAAUAUACAGAGGCGCAAAAGAAGGUGCUGGCGGAGUACAAGGCACGGUUAGAGGUUGAGCAGGCCAAAGAACAGGCGCUGUUGGCCAUUGAGAAGAAGAGAAAAGAGAACAAAGAAACGCGACUGCGGCAAAUGCGUGAUGUGCAAAAGGCCAAAGCCGAUCUGAUGAAAGCGCAGAUUGAGCAGCAGAAGAAGCUUAUUGCCAAACUUAGUGAGAAGGGACUCAAAAAGGAGAAGAGGGUAGAGCUCAUGGGUACGUUGAGAAGGCUCUCGCAAGCCGUUGAGCUGUCGAAGAAGUUUGUGACAACGUAUCCGUCAGCUGCUAAGCCUAAACCAAUACACAAAGAGGAGGACAAGCGUGCUGCGUUAGACAAAGAAUUGGACAUGAUGGUCAGUAAGGAGAGUCCAAGCGAAACUCCUACCCAUAGCACUGGCACGGAAGAUUUGGAGUCAAGACUUGCCGCCAUGAAGCAAGAGGCGGUACAGAUGGGGCUUCUGAGUCGUACAACCUCCACUACAAAUGCCAUAGAUGCAACCACAAAUGCCACAGAUAGAAUGACAAAUGCCACAGAUACCACCGCGAACAAUGGAGAUGAUAUUGCUAUUGACGACGAUGGUCAAGAUGCAGAUGAACGCGAAGAUAAUCGAGCACGCUCAUGGCGUAAACGAUAGAUACUAUCAUACUAGAUACAAGCAUUGCGAGCCUCUGAGGUACUCACUAAUGGAGUAGAUGAGUACUCGUGGCAAGUUUUGGGAGGGAGACGUAGUACGGAGUCAGGGAGUAGAUGGGGAAUGUGGAGUGCCCAAAAGAGUAGGUAGGAGUAAAUGCGGUACCACAAGCACUGUAGGUAGCAGACAGUCAUUGCGAUCUACUACUAAGGCUAUAGCUGAGAGCACUCAUGCGUGCUACGUACAGCAAUACACACUGAUGAACGCGUACACAUAGGAUAAUUGAGCGGUUAAUAUCACUGGCAUACGCGCAUAGCACUUAUAGCAUACUUACAUUCACGUAUAUGCAUGCACUUACACAUACGCAUGCUCGGACAUCCUUAAGCACACCUAUCUGAAGAUGGAGUAGGCAUACUAUUGGACGCUGUCGAUCUGAGCGAAAGUCACCGCCUACACACGUACAUAGAGCUAGUCAUCACACAUCUUCACAUGAACCAUUCUUUGCAAACAAGACACGCACGCAUAGAUACUCAUGGACUAGUCCGCCUGCAUACUUGCUAUAUAUACUAUAUACAUAUAUAUAUAUAUAUAUAUAUCAAGUAUGGAGCACAUUGAGUGAAAACGAAGACCGCCGUCGUUUCAUUGCAAGAUGCAAUCGAUUUCAAUACACGACAUCGGAAGACCGAGCCUUUAUAGUAGCGGAGCGCUUUUUGGCAUGCUAUACUUAGUGGAUCGCAUAUGGAGUCGUGAUAAGAUGCAAACGCCGAACAGUGCAAUAAACAGGGUGGCCACAAACAAAAAAAUGAAG